AUGGCCAUCGUCGAGGCAGGAGCGCUGGCCACGUUCGGAGCCUGGGAUUACGCGGUCUUUGCCCUCAUGCUGCUGGUGUCCACGGGCAUCGGGCUGUGGGUCGGGCUGGCGCGGGGCGGGCAGCGCAGCGCUGAGGACUUCUUCACCGGGGGCCGGCGCCUGGCCGCCCUGCCCGUUGGCCUCUCGCUGGCCGCCAGCUUCAUGUCGGCGGUGCAGGUGCUGGGCGUGCCAGCCGAGGCCUACCGCUAUGGCUUCAAGUUCCUCUGGAUGUGCCUGGGACAGUUGCUCAACUCCCUGCUCACCGCCUUCCUCUUCAUGCCGGUCUUCUACCGCCUGGGCCUCACCAGCACCUACCAGUACCUGGAGCAGCGCUUCAGCCGCAGCGUGCGGCUCUGCGGGACCCUGCAGUACCUGGUAGCUACAAUGCUGUAUACAGGCAUUGUGAUCUACGCCCCCGCGCUCAUCCUGAAUCAAGUGACCGGGUUGGACAUCUGGGCAUCGCUCCUGUCCACUGGAGCCAUCUGUACCUUCUACACGACUGUGGGCGGCAUGAAAGCUGUGGUCUGGACUGAUGUGUUCCAGGUCGUGGUGAUGCUAACCGGCUUCUGGGUUGUCCUGGCCCGUGGGAUCAUACUGGUGGGUGGGCCCAGGAACGUAUUUGAGAUUGCCCAGAACCACUCCCGGAUGAACCUGAUGGACUUUGACCUGGACCCGCGGAGCCGCUACACAUUCUGGACUUUUAUAGUAGGCGGCACGUUGGUGUGGCUCUCAAUGUAUGGCGUGAACCAAGCACAAGUGCAACGCUAUGUGGCCUGUCGCACGGAGAAGCAGGCCAAGCUGGCCUUGCUCAUCAACCAGCUGGGCCUGUUCCUGAUUGUGUUCAGCGCUGGUGGCUGUGGUAUCAUCAUGUUCACGAUCUAUGUAGACUGUGACCCUCUCCUUGCAGGGCGCAUCUCCGCCCCUGACCAGUACAUGCCCUUGCUGGUGCUGGACAUCUUCGAGGACCUGCCUGGAGUCCCUGGGCUCUUUCUGGCCUGUGCCUACAGUGGCACCCUCAGCACUGCCUCCACCAGCAUCAACGCCAUGGCCGCAGUCACUGUGGAGGACCUCAUCAAACCUCGGCUGCCAAGCCUCGCACCCCGGAGACUCGUGAUGAUCUCCAAGGGGCUCUCCCUCAUCUAUGGCUCAGCCUGUCUCACCGUGGCGGCUCUGUCCUCGCUGCUGGGGGGAGGUGUCCUCCAGGGCUCCUUCACCGUCAUGGGAGUCAUCAGUGGCCCCCUCCUUGGAGCCUUCAUUCUGGGGAUGUUUCUUCCUGCCUGCAACACGCCGGGUGUCCUCUCCGGGCUGGCCACUGGCAUGGCGCUUUCACUGUGGGUGGCUGUGGGUGCCACUCUGUACCCGCCCAGCACCCAGUCCUUGGGAGUCCUGCCGUCAUCGGCUGACGGCUGUGUCAUGCCCUCAGCCAAUGCCUCUGAAUUCUUGGGCCAGUUCCUUGCCACCAACACCUCCAGCAGGAACACCAGCCCUGAAAUGGACCUUGAUCGACCAGCCUUAGCUGACAGCUUCUAUGCCAUUUCCUACCUUUACUAUGGUGCCCUCGGCACGCUGAGCACUGUGCUAUGUGGAGCCCUCGUCAGCUGCUUGACAGGCCCCACCAAGCGCAGUACCUUGAGUCCUGGGCUCCUGUGGUGGGAUCUUGCACGGCAGACAGCAUCGGUGGCCCCCAAGGAAGAAGUGGCUAUCUUGGAUGACAGCUUGGGGAAGGGUGUUGAGGAACUGCCCCCUGGAACUGAGAGGCCUCCUGACUUCCCGCCCACUGACGAGGACCAUCUGCUCUUCCUGGGGCAGAAGGAGGUCAAUGGACCCGGCUCCUGGACUCCCAGCAGUACACAUGAUCGUGGUCAGGACCUUCGGGAGACAGACCUCUGAGCCAGCAGGGGACUGGCCACCUGGGAUGGAACCUCAG